UGUGCUUUAGUUUGAGUGGCAGUUCAGGCUAAAUUGAUACAGUCGAACAGACAUCACAUCUGUAUCUCUGAACUUCUGUAAGUAUCAUGUUGAUUUUACUUGCUGCCAUUUUCAUUCUCCACCUCGCCUGCAUCGCACUGCUGCUGGCUGCCACCAUCAACAAUGCCUGGUGGAUGACUAACACAGUGUCCACUGAUAUUUGGGCUCGCUGGGUUUUGAAAGAUGGAAAUUGGAACUACACGGAUAUUCCUGGACAUUAUCCUGAAGAGUAUCUGCGGGCCGUACAGGCGACAUCUAUACUCGCGUGUAUAUUCUGCAUUCUGGGCCUGUUUGUGUUUGUAGCACAACUCUACACACUACCUAAAGGAAAACGCUUCCUGUUUACUGGAGCCUUUCAACUGCUUGCCUGGUUGUGUAUAGUGAUCGCAGCGUCUAUCUACACUGAUAUCUUCCAUAAAGAUGAGUCGGAUGGUUGGUACGGAUCAUCAUUUAUCAUCGCAUGGAUCUCUGUUUGUCUCACCUUCAUCUCCUGUGUGACUUACUUUGUCCUGCGAAAGAAAACAGCAUAAACACACACACACACACACACACACACACACACACACACACACACAAACACACACAC